AGAAGGCGUCAGAUAGUAAAGUGCGCAGGGACUAUAUAAGGUCUCCCGUCACCUCCCAGCGCAUUUUAGGGCAAGUCCCCGAAAACACCCGGCUUCUCAAUCUACACAUGGAAUCCUUGACAUGAAUGACAUAGGGUCUUAGGUUGGCCUUGGGUGGGUUAAUGAGAAAGUAUGUCUGAAGAGGCUGGACCGAUGUUGGUGGUGUAUGAUGAUCCCUCAGAUCAAAGAUCUUUGUCCCUGGAUGAUAGCAGUAGCACAGAGGAAUCACCUGAUGAAACCAGGCUUUCCUUAGAAACCACUAAUGAUGCAAUUCCAUUCAUUGGGCAAAGAUUUGCUACUCAUGAUUCUGCUUAUGAAUUUUAUAGUGAAUUUGCAAAGCGAUGCGGCUUCUCAAUCCGGCGCCAUCGUACAGAGGGAAAGGAUGGGAUUGGAAAAGGACUUACGAGACGCUACUUUGUGUGCCACCGUGCUGGCAACACCCCUAUUAAAACCUCAAGUGAAAGUAAACCUCAAAGAAACCGUAAAUCCUCAAGGUGUGGAUGUCAAGCAUACUUGCGGAUAAGCAAGACAACAGAAUUAGGGGCACCAGAAUGGCGUGUCACAGGUUUUGCAAAUCACCAUAAUCAUGAGCUCUUAGAACCAAAUCAAGUUCGUUUCCUUCCUGCAUACCGGACCAUAUCAGAUACAGACAAGGGCAGAAUCCUUAUGUUUGCCAAAACAGGCAUCUCUGUGCACCAGAUGAUGAGACUUAUGGAGCUUGAGAAGUGUGUAGAGCCUGGAUAUUUACCCUUCACUGAAAAGGAUGUGAGGAAUUUACUCCAAUCGUUUAGGAAAUUAGAUCCAGAAGAGGAGAGCAUAGACUUGUUAAGAAUGUGCAGAAACAUUAAGGAGAAAGACCCCAACUUCAGAUUUGAGUAUACGCUUGAUUCAAACCACAGGUUAGAGAACAUUGCAUGGUCAUAUGCGUCAUCGGUCCAUUCAUAUGAGAUAUUUGGUGAUGCGGUUGUGUUUGAUACAACACAUCGCCUGACUGCAUUUGACAUGCCUCUGGGGAUUUGGGUCGGAAUGAAUAAUUACGGUAUGCCUUGCUUCUUUGGCUGCGUCCUUUUGCAUGAGGAAAAUCUGAGGUCGUUUUCGUGGGCAUUGAAGGCAUUCUUGGGGUUCAUGAAUGGGAAGGCUCCACAAACAAUUUUAACUGACCAAAAUAUGUGUCUCAAAGAAGCAAUAACCAUCGAAAUGACUACGACUAAGCAUGCUCUUUGCAUAUGGAUGAUUGUGGCAAAAUUUCCAUCCUGGUUCAAUGCUGUACUGGGAGAACGGUACAACGAAUGGAAGGCAGACUUCUUUCGACUCUAUAAUCUGGAGACAGUUGAUGAUUUUGACCUCGGGUGGAGGGACAUGGUAAAUUCUUUCGGGUUGCAUACUAACAGGCAUAUAGCCAAUUUGUAUGGGUUACGCUCACUUUGGGCAUUACCAUUCUUGAGAAGCCAUUUCUUUGCCGGAAUGACUACAACUGGCCAGUCAAAGACGAUUAAUGCUUUCAUUCAAAGAUUUUUGAGUGCACAGACCCGGCUUGCACACUUUGUAGAACAAGUUGCAGUUGCCGUAGAUUUUAAAGAUCAAACUGGAGAACAACAAACAAUGCAACAGAAUCUCCAAAAUAUAUGCCUGAAAACAGGGGCCCCCAUGGAAUCCCAUGCUGCCACGAUGCUGACUCCUUUUGCCUUCUCUAAGCUACAAGAACAACUUGUUCUGGCUGCCCACUAUGCAUCUUUUCACGUAGAUGAUGGUUUUCUAGUGAGACACCACACAAAAACUGAGGGUGGUCGGAAAGUGUAUUGGGUUCCACGGGAAGGCAUCAUAAGUUGCAGUUGCCAUCAUUUCGAGUUCUCUGGAAUUCUUUGUCGGCAUGCCCUUCGAGUUCUCUCGACAGGAAAUUGCUUUCAGAUUCCAGAUAGGUACCUUCCCAUCCGUUGGCGCCGGAUCAGCACACCUUCUGCAAAGCUCCUUCAGAGUACUCCAAGUGAUCAUGCUGAAAGAAUACAGUUUCUGCAGAGUAUGGUAUCAACUCUGGUAACGGAAUCUACCAAGUCCAAGGAGCGGCUAGAUGUUGCAAUUGAGCAAGUUUCCAUUGUUUUAUCACGUGUAAGAGAGCAGCCAGUUUCAUUACAAGGUAUGAGAGAUGUUUCCUCCAUUCACAGGAGCUUUUGAGUUAAUACUAUUCUGAAAAAUAUCAUUCUUGAGUUCUCAUGGAAAGGGGAAGGUAACAUGCCAAAAUUUGGCCCAAAAGAAAAGAGGAAAAAAGAGUCGGGGGGAUUUCUAAAGGAAGAUUAUGGGAGGAAAACCACUUUCUACAAAGGCUUGGAGCUAGCGUGUGGAAUGGCAGUCUUUGCAUGACAUUUUGGUAGUUUUGGUGCAUGCAAGAUAUUUUAUACUAGUUGUCCUCUUUUGUAGACAUCAUCAUAAAUGCCUGUCCAUAUGGAUCAUCUGUUUCGGUUGGGUUCCAAUAUGUACAAAAGUAUAUAGAAGUAUAACUUUUUUUACUGUAUGCA